CCGCCCGCCUGCACACCGCACAGGCGCCCGAUCUGGCCGUUUUUACGCGCAGCGCAAGUUGCCGGCGUUGAAACUUUCCUCAGUUUUCAUGAAGAGUGGCAAGCUUUCACCAAGGAAUUAAGGGAAACUACUUUUUUAAAAUUGUUUUUUGAAAAUAUCGAGGAUGCCUCGCCCUGGGAGAAACACGUACAGCGACCAGAAGCCCCCUUACUCCUACAUCUCCCUCACUGCCAUGGCGAUCCAGAGCUGCCCGGAGAAGAUGCUGCCUCUGAGUGAAAUUUACAAGUUCAUCAUGGAUAGAUUCCCUUAUUAUAGAGAAAACACCCAGCGGUGGCAGAACUCCCUGCGACACAACCUGUCCUUCAACGACUGCUUCAUCAAAAUCCCCCGGCGCCCGGAUCAGCCAGGUAAGGGCAGCUUCUGGGCUCUGCACCCGAGCUGCGGGGACAUGUUCGAGAAUGGAAGUUUCUUGAGGCGCCGCAAAAGGUUCAAAGUGUUGACUUCAUCAGACCACUUGGCCCCGAGUAAGCAGUCGGAUGCUGCCCAUUACCUCCAGCAGCAAGCCAAACUGAGACUGAGCGCCCUGGCAGCCACUGGCACGCACCUUCCACAAAUGUCCACCUACAACCUCGGAGUGUCCCAGUCCUCAACUUUUAAGCAUCCGUUCGCAAUCGAGAACAUCAUCGCCAGAGAGUACAAGGUGCCAGGGAGUCUGGCGUUCUCCACCAUGCAGUCCAUGUCCGCCGGGUACCCGCUGCACAACCAGCUGACGACGGCGUGGCCCCACAUGUACAACAGCAGCGUGAUUGACACGGCGGCCCCAAUCUCCAUGGCGAGCAGCGACUACAGUGCCUACGGCGUGCCCCUCAAGUCCCUGUGUCAUGGGGGACAGUCCUUACCGGCGAUCCCCGUGCCAAUCAAGCCCACCCCGACCUCAAUGGCCGGGUUCUCCGCGUUACCUCCACACAUCCCCGCGUUUCUAUCAAACUCUCCGCAGUCUCUGAGCCCGACGUCCCCGCAAACAGCGACCAGCCAAAGCAGCCCCGCGACCCCGAGCGAGACUCUGACGAGCCCGUCCACACUGCAGUCUGUGGCUGUGCACUGACCACAUCAGCUGUCCCCCCAACACUGAACGAACUGCUGGCCGGCUCCCGGGCCUUCUUUACCAAUCCCAAAGUUUCUAUUUUCUGUCGUCGGAAACUAUCAAGGCGAGUUGCAGUUGCAUAUCGAAUUAUUUGUGUAUAUGUGUUGAAUGUGUCGCUUUAAAUUGUGUCCUAUAGGAGUCCAGCACAGAAUCGCACAGCGAAGUAUUGCUCUUGAAAAAAUAUAAAUUAUUUGAUAGUUCUAUUUUUCAGUUUGUUGUGAAAUAUAAAGCCACUGAUGGGGAUCCAGGGGACGGUUUGUUUUUUGGCACCAUCAGCUCUGAUUUGCUUGCAAAUUCCCGUGGCAGUUUUUUUCCUCUCCAGUUUUAUCAAAUAGCAAAACUUUUGCACCGUUUCUGUGUGACCACUGUAAUGUCAAUGAAAUUGCGAGGCAAUGGCUCUGUGUUUUUGUUUUUUUCUUUUUAAUACCGGAAUGAUGGGUAAGGGUAUACCAAAUAGGAAUAGGAUUUAGAUUUGUUCUUACCAU